GACUUUUAAUGACAGUCUGUCAGAAAUAUGAUGCUAUAUUUUACUAUUUCAGCUUCUUUAGAAACUAAUACCUAUAUAAUUUAAUUUUUGAGUACGCGUAAAGUUCUUACUGAAGGUGAUUAGAAUUUUUUAAUAAUGAACGUUAAUUCAAACGUGUUAGUAGUUACGCAUUGUAUAACGUAACAAUGGAAGUUAUCAAAUGUGGACUAUGUAAAGAAGAAAUAGAGUAUGCUCAACGUUGUCGAGUAUAUAUAACAACAAAUGAACCUCGUCCUUAUCAAAGAACAAGUAAAAGGCCACAUAUAGGAAGAUACAAACUUUUAUCAACUGCAAAUUCAACUGAACACAUUUCUUUUGCCAGAAGGCUCAAACGCCUUCGUCAAAUAAAAAAGCAAAAGAGCUCAGUAAGCUCUUCUGAAAAUUCAUCGAUUAGCAAGGCUGACCCAAAGAAGCAGCCUUCAAUAAAAAAAGAAGAAAAUUCAAAGAAAGUGAAAGCCAUAGAAAAAAUUCAGCCAGAGGGAAAACCAAUUGAAUCUAGAGAAAAGGAAUUUCUCGAAUCCACAGAAAAAGCUUCUAAAACCAUAGAAAAAGUAUCUCUUAAGUCCACUAAAAAAGCAUCUUUUGGAUCUAGAAAAAAACCAUCUUCUAAAACCACAGAAAAAAAAAAAGCAUCUCCUAAAAGCACAGGAAACGCACCUCUCCCAUUUGUGAAAAAAUCAUCUGAAAUAUCAACCAAAGGCAAUAAUAAACACAAAAUUAUUAUUCAAAACUGUGAAAUUUUGAAGAAAGCACACAGUGUAGAAACUACCAAUUUAGAAGACUUGAAAAUAAAUAAUUACAAUAGGUGUACUAUUAGGAAAAGCACUUCAGCAGUACAAAAAUCUAAAAAAAUUCAUCUAUUUGAGCAAAACAUGAAUCAUCCUCAAUUUCAGAAUUCAUUUGAAGAAUAUAUCAAACCUAGUUUGCCUAAGAGUAAUUCCACCCUUAGUGUUGAAAGAACUCAGAUAACAGCAGAUAAAAAAAUGAGUACUGAUAUGAGUUCUGAAUCAGAACAACUAAAAUUGGUGCGAACUACCACUACACCUAAACCUGUAAAAAAUGGCUCAGCUAUUAAUUCAAAAAAUUCUGACUGUGAAACAUAUUAUUGGCUAGAAAUGCCAAAACCUAAACAACCAGAACCUAGAAAAUUGGGUUAUCAAUUUGACAAUUUAGUUGCAGAAGUAAAACAUAUGAAGUUACCUAAUCCUAAUUGGAAAAUUAAAAUAAUGGUUCAUAAGCAAGAGAUGGUAUCAGUGAGCUUCACAAAGAAGCUAGUUCCAGAGAAGGUAGUCACAGUUAAUGCAAAAAGUUUAGUGUGUGAUAUUACUAUCGAUGCUAAAAAAAUUGUUCUCUUAGGAUCUCCUAUUUUCAUUCAUUCCAUCAAAGACUUGGAAAUAAUGUUAGAUAUCGUGGAUGAUAUUGAGCCCAAUAGUCCUAUGAUUAAUUAUAUAAAAACAUAGUGAAUUUUAUCCAUAAUAAGUUUUAAUAUUUAGGAUAAUUAUUUUGUAUAGACCUUUACUUCAUCAUAACUUGUAUAAAAUUACUCAUAUGAAAAUAUAAUUUUAAGGAAUCCAAAAUUGAAUUGAUUAGUGAAGUUUGGUUUUUAUUUUGGCGAAGCUUGUAAACAUUGAUACAGAUUUGUAUUGUUUAGCUGUUCUUACAUGUUGAGCUUAAGUAAAGUCAAACAAUAUAUUCUUUUCUACACUCUAGAGUUUCGAUAAGAAGCUGAACUUCCUCUUGAACUACCCGAUUUGUACCGAACUUCAAAGUAAGUACCACUUCCAUAUGAAGUAUUGAUAGGUAUCCACCAUUUCCAGCAAACUUCUCCAGCUACGUCUAAAAAAUUUUGCAUUCGACCCAAAUUGAAGGUAAGACGAGGAUUUAUGAAGUGUACAUCUUGAAGUGUUUCGAUUAUUGUUUCAUUCUUUAAUAUAAGAAUUGCAUGCUGACAAAAUAAAACAAAGGUGAAGACGAUGAGGAAUGAAGAUGAAAAAAAUCUGCAACAAAAUUCGCACUAAUCAAUUUG